GCACAGGCUCCCGACGUGCUCCGAGCCGCACCUCCAACCGGCUUUUCCUUCUAGAAGCUUCAGGUGCUACUGGUGCCCGAAUCUCGCACUAUCCGCCUUCAUCUUGCACCCAGCGACCAUCCCCGGCCCGGAGACCCCGCCAUCCUUACUCCCCGCGCAUCGCCCGGCCUCAGCAUGACCAACUCCGCUCCCAAACUCAUGGCGAUGCCGUCCGGCGGCGGUAACAGUGCGAGCAAGAAUAAAGGAGCCUACCAGGACCGGGACAAGCCGGCGCAGAUCCGCUACAGCAACAUCUCCGCGGGCAAAGCUGUUGCUGAUGCCGUUAGAACUAGCCUUGGACCAAAGGGUAUGGACAAAAUGAUUCAAGAUGGUAAAGGGGAUGUCACUAUCACAAAUGAUGGAGCAACGAUUUUGAAGCAAAUGCAAGUCCUGCACCCAGCAGCUAAGAUGUUGGUUGAAUUAUCCAAGGCCCAAGAUAUUGAAGCUGGAGAUGGCACAACAUCUGUUGUGGUUAUUGCAGGAGCUCUCUUAGAUGCUUGUUCUAGGCUGUUGCAGAAAGGUAUACACCCCACUACCAUUUCCGAGUCAUUCCAGCUGGCUUCAGAGAAAGGAAUAGAAGUUCUGAGCAAUAUGGCCCAGCCUGUCGAAUUAAGCGACCAAGAAACACUAUUAAACAGUGCAACAACAUCACUAAACUCCAAGGUGGUGUCUCAGUACUCCAGCCUGCUUGCACCAAUGAGUGUAGAUGCAGUAAUGAAAGUAAUUGAUCCAUUGACUGCCAGUAGUGUUGAUCUUCGGGACAUUAAAAUUGUCAAAAAACUUGGCGGCACCAUCGAUGACUGUGAGCUGGUUGAUGGCCUCGUGCUGACACAGAAAUUGUCUAACACUGGCGUAUCUCGGGUAGAGAAAGCAAAGAUUGGUCUGAUUCAGUUCUGUUUAUCUUCCCCAAAAACAGACAUGGACAAUCAAAUAGUCGUGUCAGAUUAUGCACAGAUGGACAGAGUCUUAAGAGAAGAGAGAACCUACAUCCUCAACCUUGUGAAACAGAUUAAGAAGGCUGGCUGUAAUGUGCUCCUCAUUCAGAAGUCCAUUUUAAGGGAUGCGCUUAGUGAUCUUGCCUUACACUUCCUGAAUAAAAUGAAGAUAAUGGUCAUUAAGGAUAUAGAGCGAGAAGACAUUGAAUUCAUAUGUAAGACUAUUGGGACAAAGCCAGUGGCCCAUGUUGACCAGUUUACCGCAGACAUGUUGGCAUCAGCUGAACUGGCUGAAGAAAUUAGUCUGAGCAGUUCUGGGAAACUUGUGAAGAUAACUGGUUGUGCCAAUCCUGGAAAAACGGUUACUAUAGUUGUUCGUGGUUCCAACAAAUUGGUGAUUGAAGAGGCUGAGCGCUCCAUUCAUGAUGCACUUUGUGUAAUUCGCUGCUUAGUUAAGAAAAGAGCACUAAUUGCCGGAGGAGGUGCCCCUGAGAUUGAGCUUGCCUUGCGUCUGAACGAGUAUGCCAGAACUUUGAGUGGCAUGGAAUCCUAUUGUAUCCGAGCGUUUGCAGAUGCCAUGGAAGUUAUCCCCUCCACACUGGCAGAAAAUGCUGGGCUUAACCCCAUAUCCACUGUAACAGAGCUGAGGAACCGUCAUGCACAGGGCGAGAAAACCGCUGGGAUUAAUGUGCGGAAGGGUGGAAUCUCUAACAUUUUGGAGGAGCUAGUCGUCCAACCUCUAUUGGUGUCAAUCAGCUGCUUGACUCUGGCUACAGAAACAGUUCGUAGUAUCCUGAAGAUUGAUGAUGUGGUAAACACACGGUAGACUUUGCAGAAGCUGUGUUGUGUACGAACUGCUUUAAAGAAGCCUCAUCUACUGUUGCUUUCGGUUUCCAUCAAAGCUGGCUGUAUAACUUUUUGUCAGCACUUAAUUUAAUAAAAUUGUUACAUGAACUUCCAAA